AACAACUUACUCAGACUGACGCAAUUGUAAUAUGCAUUUAAGUUUUUGAAUGUUAAAUUGCAUAUAUUACCGAAUGAUCUCUCAAAAGGAAAUUUUAUUAAAAAUCUUAACCUGGUUGUGAAAAGUUUGGCUUGUUAACAUGACUUAAUCUUAAGUUAACAUCUUUUGUCAGCACAUGGCUUUUUGAUUUCAGUCACUUAAAAGCAACGCCAACGAUCAACAACAAACAAAAACAAUGGGAACUUAUUAUCAGGGCAGAUUUAUAGGAGCUGUAGGACUUGGAGUUGGUGUUUCAUUUCUGACCUAUUUAUACUACAAGUUCUUAAAAAAAGAAGAAAUAAUAGAAGUUAUACCAAUUAAAUGGAAACAAGUUGGCACACUGGAAGAAAUACAUUUCUUUCCGAUUAAAUCAUGCGCUCCUGUUGAGCUUGAUCAAGCUCUCUGUGAAAAUCUUGGAAUUCAAGAGGGAGACAUUAAAGAUAGAGCUUUGAUGAUUGUUGAUAAAAAUGGAGAUUUGGUAACUGCUCGAGUUUAUCCAAAGAUGCUUCUUAUAGUUUCAAAAGUUGUUAGUCGUACGGAAAUUAUUAUAUCUGCACCAGGAAUGACAGAAUUGAAAUUUGAUUAUUCCAAACUUACUGAUGCCAAAAAUACUAAAGGAGUUAUCUUCGGUCAUACAGCCAAAGUUAAAGAUUGUGGAGACGAAUUCAAUACUUGGUUUUCCACAUUUAUUUUAGGACUACCUGAAGGUCUUAAAUUGGUCUAUUAUCCGUAUGAUAACCCAACAAGGCCAAUUGCUGAUGAAUUUCAAAAUGGAAUUUUUUCUAAAAGAGACACGGGAAGUUUCCAAGAUGUUUCCAGCUACCAUCUUAUCAACAAAACAUCUGUAGAAGAUUUAAAUUCACGUCUUGACAACAAGAAGGUUUUCUGUAGACAAUUUAGAUCUAAUUUUUAUAUAAAUACGGAAUUAGCCUACGGUGAAGAUAACUGGCAAUGGUUUCGAAUUGGCAAUGAAGCAGUGUUUCGAAAUAUUGCUCCUUGUUUUAGAUGUAUUUUACCAAAUAUUAAUCCAUUUACCGCUGAAAGAGAUCCUGACGGUCAACCAUUGAAAACUUUAAAAAAGUAUCGCAUGGAUUCAAGUGCAGCAAUUAAAUCCCCAAGAAUGGGAAUUCAAAUGGGUCUUAGAUCUGUAGGGACUGUUAAAAAAGGAGACGCUGUUUUUGUUGAAGAUCUCAUUGAGUAGCAUCAAAAUAAAUGCAUUAAUAUAAAUUACACA